AUGGGGGAUAACGAAAGUCGUAGGAGGGAAAUUACGGCGCGCAUUGGCGCAGCCACACGCGAAGCCCAGUAUGCCUUGAUGGUCACCUCACCACAGCGUGUGACAAAUGCGAUGUCGGGGACGCACGCGGCCCUUGUCGCGCUUUCUGAGUACCUUGCUUUGCCAAACGGUCUUCCAAAGGCUGCGGCAGUGGCAAAACGCAUUGCGAAAAUGUUGCGGCACAUUAUGGUGCUGCAGCGCCAAGGGAGCACUGCGGAAGAAGGCACCACACAGUCCGAGACCGACAUCAACGACGCACACAUGAGUCAUGAUCACUUUAUGCGCCACUUCCUCGACGAGGCCCCUGAAGACGAUCACGAGCUUCAACAGCUGCGGGAAAAACUGACUGGCUUGCAAGAGGAGCGUGACAGCGUCGUUACACUGCUGCAUUCUGCCCAGCAGGAGCUCGCGACUCUCAAACAGUCAACAGACGGUCAAACGCAUGAAUCAUCACCGUCAUCGGCGGAAAUAGAACACAUGCACAACGAGAACAGGACUUUGAAAGAGAUCCUUCAGGAGGAAAUUUUGAAGACAAGAACCUUGGAAGAGACCUUAAGGGAUUCUAACGAGAAACUACAGCAAAUGCACCACACAAAUGCCACACUUAAGGUUUCCUUGGAGCAACAUCGCAGCGCACUACAAGAAAAUGAAAAGAAAAUGGCAUCUGCAGAGCGAACGGCAUCCAGGGCUGCAGUUAUGAAUCCGGAGCCGCUUGACAGUAACGAAUUGGAGGCACUUAAACUUCAAGUCAAACUACUGCAUCAAACACUCCGAGAGUGCAGUAAUAACACUGACGCUGCAGAGAUUAAGGCUGGCAAAAAGACUUUGGUAGAUAUCCAAUACGAACACCAUGAGCAACUCUUAGCAAUGAAGGUGACGCUAGAGGAACAAUACAAAAUAGAAAAAAAUCUUAACCAACAAAUUAACGACCUCAAAAAUUUCAUCGUAGACACAGAAAAAGAGCUGGAGCGUGAGCGGCGGCGCGCGGAGGAGGCCGAGCAUGGCGCACGAGAGUGCGUCUGA